AUGUCAACAUCAAUUGCACAAGUUCAAAGAAUUAUCACUUUAUAUGGUCUAUCGACUUUUCUUUUUUUUGGUACUCUUGGCAAUUUUCUUUUAUUUUGUGUACUUAUUCAACGUACACAUCGAAGAAAUUCAUGUUCACUUUAUUUACUUUCGAUUACAAUUGUUAAUUUUAUUCUUAUUCAAUGUACUGUACCAUUUACUGUCUAUUCAGCAACUAUUGUUGAAAAACAAGAAAUCUCACUUAUUUGGUGUAAAACUCGUAGUUAUAUAUUUAAUGCUUUACUUAUGCUUUAUCGCUGGUAUAAGAUGGCUGCUUGUCUAGAUCGUGCAGCUAUGUGUAGUCGUAAUGUACGGAUACGUUCAUUCAGUCAAACUCAUGUUGCUUGUCGAGCUAUUCUUAUUAUAACAUUUGUUUGGCUUUUAAUACCUAUUCAUUUAGCUAUCUAUUUUCGAAUUGAAUUUGAUCGAUGUAUUCCACAAUCGGGUACAUAUGCAAAGUUUUUUAGUGUAUAUUCUAUUGUAGCUUGUGGAUGGCCACCACCAAUAGUUAUGAUAAUAUGUGGUAUUAUUUCAUAUCGAAACUUGAAAAAAAUAAGAGGACGAAUUGUUUCGAGAAAUGUUGAUAAUAAUCAUGUUAAAGGUGAUGUUAUAAAGCUAAAUCGUCAACGUAUUAGCAGACGUGAUCAACAAUUAACAAUAUUGAUCAUAUAUGAAGUUAUUCUCUAUGUUAUUACUAGUCUUCCAUUUUCAAUUAAUAUAACUUAUUUAACAAUUACAUCAAAUUAUCCAAAAACUCCUGACCGAAUUCGUAUUGAAUCAUUUAUUACUUUUUUUUCAUCACCAUUUCUUGUUAUAAUCAAUAGUUGUGCUCCAUUUUAUCUUUAUUUAGUUGUUUCGAGUAAAUUUAGACAAGAUUUUAGAAACUUAUUUCGUAGUUGUCAUUGUUAUCAUCGUCAAGUAACGUCUCAACAAGAUGACAGACGUCAGACAUUUACAUCCGUAACUACACGGAAACUAAUAGUUUCAAAGAUAGUUCAUCAAUAG